AAAUUAAAACCGAGAAGACCCCAGAACCUGGUAGAGGGUGGUUCGAUCAGUAGAAAAGCUUGGACCUUUGCUUGGGAAGGCUUAGAUUGGAGAUUGCCCGCCCCGCUGUUUCCUAGCUCUGUCCGCGUCUCUUGUACCUCGCGACGCAGUGACUCUUUCGUCUCCAUUGGACUUGAAGGACAACGGACAUGGCUGGUAGGACUAAGCCAGUGUUGCUGGUGAAAGUGAUCUCAGAUACGGUAUGACCCUGGUGUUGGGUUGGCAAGCGGCACCUUGAGGAUGCAGUCCGCCGCUUUGCCGACCGUGUGGACACUGUUAAGGUGGAGUGGAAACCAUUUCUUCUCGACCCGAAUGCCACAGAUGAAGGCAUGCCCGUCAUCACAUACCUAGCAAGAAAGUAUGGUCCACAAGCAGCUGAAUCGGCAAAAAGCAAGUCUGGUCACUUACAUCAACUUGCUGCCAAACUGGGCAUUGAAUUUGAUUCAAACCGCAUCAUCUCCAGCACUAUCAAGAGCCACUGCCUUGUGGACUAUGCUAGCUCGUUUGGAGUGCAGAAGCAGAACGAGCUGGUUGAGGUGUUGUUUAGAGGCUAUUUUGCGGAUGGCCGACUCAUCAGCUCCAACGAAUUCUUGCUGGAAGCUGCAGAGAAGGUUGGACUAAACCGUGCUGAGGCAGAAAGUCACAUUGACAGCACUGCAGUGCAAGCCAGGGUUAGAGGGGAAGUUGAUGAAGGUCGCUCCGACUAUGGUGUCAAUGGUGUGCCCCAUUUUAUCAUUUCCAACCAGUCCGAGCCGAACAAACAGCCGUACUCCUUCUCUGGCGCACAGCCACCGGAAACAUUCACCUCCGUAUUUGAACGCCUGCUAUAAUCCAGCUUCUUUGAUCUUACUGGGGCUGCAGCUGCUGCUGUCUUCAACUGUCCAGUUAUGCUUCUCCCUUAUCAUUGAUGCUGGCUAGGUGCUCCACUCGCAUGGCUUGGGUUAGGCUGAAUGACGGAGUAGUUCUGAAAGUCCCUUUUGGGACAGUCUUCUCCUGAUGAUAGUAUUCUACUGCCUGCCUCGUGCCGGAGAGUGAGUGGUGUGUUGUUAGCCUAGCAUCAUGAUGGAGAGUGGUGUGGCAUUGGACUCGUGACAGUGAGUGCGUAAUGCUAUUGCAGGUGCUGCUGCUGUUGCCGCAUUGAUUCUAGUCAACAUGUAUUAGAAAGACGUUUUGAUAGCUAGAUCCACUGCUGUUGGUAACGUUAUUUCAUCUCCUGCAAAUGUGCAUGUACUCAUAGAAUGCACUUCUAGCUAUACUGCACCCCCACCCCUUCGUUCUGUUGGGAAAUACCCUUGUCAGUACUAUACUGGCUGCUGGUCUUCCUCCUCCCAAGGACUCUGCUACUUAUUUGUUGCUGUAGGCACCAUUAUUUUUUUAUUUACUCUUCCGUCUGCUGUUAGGUUCUUGGGGAUUAGGCGCUACUUUAGAAGGCUUGCAAUUAUUCUCUGACACACUCUCUCUCUCUCUCUCUCUCUCUCUCUCUCUCUCUCUCUCUCUCUCUCUCUCUGUCUCUCUCCUCUUCCUCUUUCUUUCACUUGCUGUGAAUUAGAUAGUCAUUGAAAAACACUGAAUAAUUUAUAAUUAAAAAGAAGAAGCAAAACUUGUA